AUAAUGAAAGAACUUUCUACCUGAGUUGACUGAAGAGAGCAAGUCCUUCUUCUUCCUUCAUCAACCAAUGCCAUUGUAAGUGCAUCAUUCUUGCAUCUCUGUAAUCGAAAUUAUCUGUUGGUGCAAGAAAUGUGUGACUCUCGUUCGUCGGUUCUUCUUACAGCACUCUGCUUGUCUUGGCACGUGCUGACUGUUCUUGCCAUCAUCAUUCCUGCAGAUCACCCCCCAUCUGAAUACAGUAUUGCCAUCUCCUGUGGUUCCUCCAGAAAAUCAACUGCAGUCGAUGGCCGUGUUUGGAUGGGAGAUUCUCGAUUUGAAUCCAACUCUUUGGUCCAAAUCAAAGGCAAACCUUCAAACUCAAGAGCCAUCAAUCAUCUUGCCUCGAUAGAUUCCACGCCUUACAGGACUGCUCGAGCAUCACGCAGUGAAUUCAGCUAUGUUUUCCUGAUCAGCCCAGGGCAGCAUUUCAUCCGUCUGCACUUUUAUAAGAAUUCAUACAAGGGGUUCAAAGGGUCUACGGCAUUUUUCUCAGUUAAGGCAGAGCCUUACACGCUCCUCAGCAACUUCAGCACUUCUUUCGUUUCGAAUGAGUCCGGUGCAAGUGAGAUCAUUAUCAAGGAGUAUUGUGUGAAUGUAGAUGAACAUCAGGAGUUGAAGAUAACGUUUACCCCGGCUGCGAAGAUGAGGAAGGCAGAUGAUUUCUAUGCCUUUGUCAACGGCAUUGAGGUUGUUUCCAUGCCUACUGGUCUUUACUUCACCCCUGAAGGGGAGUUUGGCACCCGUGUCAUUGGCAAGAAGUAUAGAUUUUACAUAGACAACAAUACAGCACUUGAGUUGGUUCAGCGGCUGAAUGUUGGCGGGCCUGCCAUUGCACCAAAUGAAGAUUCAGGUUUGUUCCGGAGGUGGGAUGAGGACAACAGAUUCAUGUCGGGAGCAGGUGAUACGGUGAUAGCUAGCUCAAUCACAGCUGGUCGGAAGAAGUCCAUGCCUGUGAACAUUUCACCAGAGAAAAUUCAUCAAACGGAAAGGAGAAUGCAAGCUACCAGUAAAUCGAGUGGAGGUCUUACCUGGAAGAUACCGGUGGACUCAGGAUUCAGGUACUUGAUCAGGCUGCAUUCUUUGGAGUUUGCAACAAUUGGUGAGGAGAAUGACAUGAAGUUCUCGAUUGUAAUAAACAAUCAGAUCGCUGAAGAUAGUCAUGAUGUGAUUCAUUCAGAUGGAGUUUCUGGAGAUGGAACUUACAGAGACUACAUAGUGAUGGUGGAAGGCGACAAAAAACUGGGAAGGCGCUGCCUUACAAUUGCUUUACAGCCAAGCUUUGAAUCGAGAGACCAACAUUUCCAUGGCAGCUUGAAUGGGUUGGAAGUGUUCAAGUUGAGCAACCCAGACAACAGUCUCGCAGGCAUGUCGCCAAUUCCUGAGUUGCAGAGCUCAAUAUCUACACUGCAGCUUAAAAAAGCAGGAUUGGUUUCCAUUGUCAAUUUAACGGUCACUGUCCUGACAAUUGUACUAGCAUUAUUGAACAUUGUUGUUUACUACCUCAAAGGUAUUUCAGACCGAAAUUCCAGGAGAACUAACAUAAGGUUGCCACCAAUGGAGCAUCACUGUCGACAGUUUUCCAUUAAUGAGAUUCGGGCAGCCACCAACAACUUUGAUCCUCAGUUUCAUAUAGGCAGUGGAGGGUAUGGCAGAGUAUACAAAGGAAGCAUUGACUGGGGAUACACCACAGUCGCGAUCAAGAGAUUGAGACCAGAUUCCAGGCAAGGUGAGGAACAAUUUUGGACAGAGAUCAAGAUGCUCUCCAAGAUCAGGGACGAGCAUCUUGUCUCCCUGAUUGGAUACUGCAACGACGGUCAAGAGAGGCUUCUGGUUUACCAGUACAUGACCAGAGGAACUCUGGAAGAUCAUCUCUUCAAUAUAAACAGACAUGUGAUAUCAAAUCCUCCACUGCCUUGGGAACAACGUCUUCAGGUCUCUAUCGGUGCAGCACAUGGCUUGUACUACCUUCACUCCAGGCAUGGUGUUAUACACAGAGACGUGAAGAGCUCAAACAUCUUGCUGGAUGAGAAUUGGGUGGCCAAGAUCUCAGAUUUCGGAUUAUCCAAAAUGGGACCUGCAGACUCACUAAUGCACAUUAGUACAAACAUUGCAGGAACAUUCGGAUAUCUAGAUCCAGAGUACUUUUUGACACGUAAAUUGACAAGAAAAUCAGAUGUGUAUGCUUUCGGUGUGGUGCUAUUUGAGGUGCUAUCUGGAAGGCCUGCAGUGGACAUAAGACUUGAGGAGGAGCAACAUAGCCUAGCUGGAUGGGCUAGAUAUUGCAUCAGAGAAGGAAGAGUAGAUCGACUAAUCGACCAGAAUCUAAUGGGGCAUAUUCUGCCGGCUUGUCUAAAGGUGUUUGUUGGAAUUGCAGGCAGAUGUCUGCACACUAAACCAGAGGGAAGGCCAGCAAUGGCCGAUGUGGUGCUGGGCCUGGAACUAGCAUUGCUUCUGCAACAGACUGGAGAAGAUAUAGAACAGGGUGAUGGAGAAGAGAAUGCUGGAAGAGUUUAUAGUGAUAACAGUGAUGGGAUCAUUUCCAUGGAUGACAUAUGCGAAACUCCACCGAAAGGAGAAUCAGGAAGAAUAACUAGUGAAGAGAAACCCAGCCCGGGUAUCAGAAAUGGAAGCAGUGAUCAGAAGAAUGUGAAGGUGAAGAAAACCACAGGCUCCAACAACAAUGGGUCGACAAGAUGGUGGUGGGAUCCAUUUGGGAUAUUACCAAGAACCCGAUCCAAGUCAAGAGCUUCAUCCUCACUUCCACAAACAGUCAUCCAUCGAUUCUCACUCCAAGAUAUUCGGAAAGCCACAAACAACUUUCACUACAGUCACAUAAUUGGAUUUGGUGGAUCGGACAAUGUAUAUAAAGGACACAUAGAUGGUAUUCAAAAGGUUGUAGCAAUCAGAUGGUCAAGAACUACAGAGUCCAGAGUGGCAAUGGCCGAUGAGUUGAAAUGGAAGAAACCGAUACAAAUGAGAGCUUCUUCACCUGGCCAAGAUCACAUUCCCUCCCUUAUAGGCUACUGUGAGACUGUAUCGGAUAUGAUUCUUGUAUAUGAUUACAUGAAAAAUGGGACUCUCUACGACCAACUUCAUGAGCAUAAUAUGGACCCACUUCCAUGGAAGAGAAGACUUCAAAUCAGCAUUGGGGUUGCACGAGGUGUGGGUUUCAUCCAUUCCAAUGUCAAGCAAACAAAGCUCCAUCAUGACCUCAAGUCAACCAACAUUUGGUUGGAUGAUAAUUGGAUUCCUAAGGUCUCGGAAUGGGGUUUGUCCAGAAAGAAGGAGAACAAUCAAGUGCCAGCACUCGGUGGCAAUUGGGGAUACAGAAUGGAUUCAGAUUACAUCCGAGGAGAACAAAUAACAGAAAAGUCCUAUGUCUACUCUCUUGGCCUAAUUUUGUUUGAAGUGCUAUUUGCUGAACAAGAAUCCGAUCGCUGGUUUGACGAGGAUCAGGUGAGUCUUGCCUGUUGGAUCAAAUCAGAGAUGAGAAAUAACCCUUCUGGCUGUAUCGACCCAUUUCUGAUAGGCAGAGUAUCACCAGCUAGUCGUAACAUAUACUUAGAGACAGCAGCAAGAUGUUUGCUAGAUAAUGGAAUGGACAGACCAUCAAUAUCUGAUAUCCAGACAAGGCUCGAGGAAGCCCUAAAACAGCAAGAAUCUUACAGACAGCCAUAAGGAUGCAGAUGCUCAACCCACAAGGAGCUAAACUAAAGAUCAAGAAUGGUUUAGUCCUAGAGUCAUACAAAAUAGAUGUCGAGCCGCAGACACUUCAAUAAUAAAGCUAGCAGUCAUUAAUGACCUCAGUGUAGUGAUCAUGUGUAUGUAGUAAGUAGUGUGAAUUACAAACUAGAACAUAUUUAUGCAUUAUGAAAUAUGAAUAUAAAGUAGAACAUAUUUAUGCAUUAUGAAAUAUGAAAUUAUAAAGUAGCACAUAUUAAUGCAUUAUGAAAUAUGAAUAGAAGCAUAAUCAAAGCAAGGUAUGUUUGAUCAUCGU